AGGGGGUCCUUUCCCCUUGGUGUUCUAAAAUGGGCGGAAUAGUUCAGCUGAAACGGCUAAAAGAUUUAUCAUUCCAAUUAUCUGCUCUGCUUCGGAACGCAGAAUCGGGGGACCCAAAUACUAACAUACAGAUAUGCCGGAAAGUUUCUUCUCAGAGGCGGUCGUCCCACAGCAGAAGCUCUACGACGGCAGACCCUUCCCCGCCGUGCUAUCGCCUGACCCAAAAGCUUCAUCUCCGAGCUUCCCAGUCGCGAUUAAAGAGGAAAAGGAGUGGCUUGAAGCUCUUCUCCAUCAAGCUGGGGCUAUCGUCUUUAGAGGAUUCCCGGUGAACUCGGCGUCGGAUUUCAACGACGUUGUCGAGGCCUUCGGCUACGAUGAGCUGCCGUACAUCGGCGGCGCCGCCCCUCGGACUAACGUUGUUGGUCGCGUUUUCACCGCAAAUGAAUCCCCACCCGAUCAGAAGAUCCCUUUCCACCACGAAAUGGCUCAGGUUGUUUAGUUAUUGCUAAAUUGCUCAAAAUUGGAUCCAUUAUGAUGUUAUCUCAAAACAAGUUUUUUUAGCUCUUAUUAAAGAGUCUAACUAAUUUAAACUUCUAUCACAAUAAUGAAUUCUGUUUUGGAGAAAAAAUUGUUGUCUGAAUUGAAAAGAAUAAAAUAAUAUAUUACGAGUAAGUAUUUACUAGUGUAUAGGAGUUUUUCUUUAAAUAUUGUCUCAAAAAUCGUUCCGUAUAGAUCAAUCUCAUCAUGUCAACUUAGUUAAGUAAUUUGAUUAAAAUGUUAUUAAUCUAUGUUAAUGUCUCAAUCCAAAGAAGUUUUAAAAUGAGACAUUUUUUAAGGGAAAGGGGGAGUAAUAUAGUAAUGAAGAGAUAGAUUAACGUUAAGGAAUAGGUAGAAUAUUGUUUACAUUAUAGGAGUGAGAAUAAUUUUGUUUUAAAAUCUUGUUUAAUUAGUUUGAUGUGAAUUAAAGAAUAAUGCUCCCUCCGUCCCGCUAUGAUUGUCUCAUUUUACCUUUUCGGUCCGUCCCACUAAGAUUGUCUCAUACCUUAUUUGAUAAAAUUUGUGUGGUUCUAAAUCAUUUUUACUUUAUUCUUACUUUAUCAAUUCAAUAUAAACCACAUAAACCCACUUUUAUUAAUAAUUUUGUCCCAAACUAACUUAAGGGGACAGGGUAGUAGGAAGUUUUUAUUUUUAUGUUCCUUCUCUGAAUUCUGUUAUAUUGUUAUAUCAAUAUUAGCUACCUUCUUAAAAAAAAGAAUAAUAUUAAAUGAAUUUGAGGGACCCACUUCUGAAUAUGCCGGGAAGUUUCUUCUCGGAGGCGGUCAUUCCACAGCAGAAGCUCUACGACGGCAGACGUUUCCCCGCCGUGUUAUCUCCUCACCCAAACGCUUCAUCUACGAGCUUUCCGGUCGCGAUUAAGGAGAAAAAGGCGUGGCUUGAAGCUCUUCUCCAUCAAGCUGGGGCUAUCGUCUUCAGAGGAUUCCCGAUGAACUCGGCGUCGGAUUUCAACGACGUUUUGGAGGCCAUGGGCGGAGAGCUAGGGGUGGGUCAACUUAGGCCAUGGCUCACCCCAAAUUUUAAAAAUGGCUUAAUUUUUAAGGUAAAAAAUUUGGUGUAAUUUUUUCUAAAAAAUUUUUUGCACCGGCUUAGUUCGGUCCAGUGCCCUGGCUCCGCCCCUGGUCGAGGCUUCGGCAACGAUGAGCUGCCGUACAUCGGCGGCGGCGCCCCUCGGACUAAUGUCGUCGGUCGCGUUUUCACCGCAAAUGAAUCCCCACCCGACCAGAAGAUCCCUUUCCACCACGAAAUGGCUCAGGUCCCAGAGUAUCCAUCAAAGUUGUUUUUUUAUUGUGAAGUAGAGCCUGGCAAUGGAGGGGAAACCCCAAUAGUACUUAGUCAUGUUGUGUAUGAGAAGAUGAAGAGCAAAUAUCCAGAGUUUGUGCAGCGAUUGGAGAAGGAUGGCUUAAUCUAUACCCGAGUGUUGGGAGAAGAAGACAAUCCUUUGUCCGCAAUUGGCCGUGGAUGGAAAUCGACAUUUUUGACCUCCGACAAGAGCGUUGCUGAAGAAAGGGGUGCGGAGUUAGGAAUGAAGCUCGAGUGGCUUGAAGACGGAGUGAAAACAAUUAUGGGUCCAAUACCAGCUAUCAAGUCCGACCACAUUAGACAACGAAAAAUAUGGUUCAACAGCAUGGCGGCUGCAUACACUGGCUGGGAGGAUGCACGAAACGAUCCAAAGAAGGCAGUCACUUUUGGGGAUGGAAGUGCCUUGCCUGCUGAAAUCAUACAUGAUUGUGUCAAAAUACUGGAAGCAGAAAGUGUUGCGGUGCCAUGGAAGAGAGGCGAUGUUCUGCUCAUUGACAAUUUGGCUGUUCUUCACUCCCGAAGACCAUUUAAUCCUCCUCGUCGCGUUCUAGCCUCUCUGUGCAAGUGAGGCAUGCAUCAUUGUAGGGAGUGUGUGGUCACAAUAUUUGACAAUAUUGUGAACUCUGAAUAUUAUUGAUAUGAAGUUGUUGGGGCAUUCAUGAAUAUGAUCAUAACAAUAUGACGUUUUCAUAAUAAUACGAGAUUGUUGAAGUUUUCAACAAACGUUCUAUUUUAUGGAGUAUGUAAAGGCUUGGACCGAGAGGCAAAGGACUAGUGUUAAGAUUAGUCCGUUGGUGUGUACUUUCAGCUCAUGGAAUUUCUAUAUAUAGAGUCAGCUUGUAUUUUGUAUGGGUGAAAGAAUGUACUACGUAGUUUGAUUCUUUUUAUCUGAAGGCAUAUACUAUAGUAGCUACCUUCUCUUUACAGAGUCCGUUAGUUCUUAUGAC